AAGAUUACUCAAAAAGAUUGAGAUUAUCUAUCACCAAGCAGACUGAUUUCCAGCCCAAGCUAAUGCCCUCACAUCUAAGGAAAAACCAAGUGAUUCGGACAGAUGACAUAUUUACAAACUUGACMAUUCAACAUGGCCGACAAUCUUUAUGGCUUGAUCAUGACGUUGAGGAUGAUGAAGAAAUGGAUCCAGAAUUCGUAACGUUUUUUGAAUAUUCAGAAUGGGAAACUGAUGAAGAAACUGAUGAAGAAACUGAUGAAGAAACUGAUGAAGACAUGUCAGCUAAUGAUGAAAUCCUAUUGAAGAGCUGUGCAGAAAUGUUUGUUUACUCUAAGAACUCUGAGAAAUCUGAGAACCCUGAGAAAUCUGAGAAAGAAAAAAAUGACAGAGGCAAUCCAAAGUCAAUUCUUGUUAUUGGAAAACCAGGAAUUGGAAAAACAUUAUUGUGCCAAAAGCUUAUCAGAGAUUGGGCCAGUGGUCACUUAAUAUUUCACACUUUAGAAGCACAAAAAAAGCCUGAAUUUUGCUUUGCAUUCCUUUUAAMAUUCCGUCAGUUAAACCCACUACAACAACAGGAAUUUGAUUUAAGAGACAUUUUAAAUCUUUCCUGUGUGUUAGAUGAAGGAUCCAUUAUUGAUGAAAAGACAUUUAAACUGAUCAUUCRGAAUAAGGAAAAUUUGCUGGUCAUCAUUGAUGGCUACGAUGAGUAUUCACAUCUUGAUGAAAAUGCUGGAAAAUCUAACAGUGAGGAAACAUAUCCAAAUGACCCUUGUGCAAAAAUGCCCAUGCAUGCUAUGGUUGCUAAACUUUUGCAAAAAAAGAUUUUAGAAGGCUGUGUUCUUUUAAUAACUUCCAGACCACACAAAACAGAGGAUCUAGAGAAGGGGAAGGUGAACUUUGACCAGCUUGUUGAAAUUAAAGGGUUUUCCAUGUGUCAAGUUACAGAAUAUGUCAAGAAAUACUUCAAAGCAGAUGAAAAAAUGAAGAAYGUGGUUUGUGAUCACUUGAAAGAAAAUAAGGGUCUGGCAAGGUUGGCUCAUGUUCCAAUGCUGUGUUUUUUGAUAUGCURCUGUAUGGAGUGGUACAUCACUAACUCCAAAACCUUUGAGAAUCUACCAGUCACCACCGCUGAUCUUUAUUCUGAGGUUAUUAAAAUCUUUGAAGUCAAGCAUCAUUCAAUGUCACAAUACAGAAAGGAUCCAAUUCCUCAGAAAUUUAAAGUCCCACCAGUUGUUAAAGAUACACUUAGCAAGUUAUCAGAGCUGGCAGUUYGUUUYAUGAAGGAARRCAAAURUGUUUUUGAUGAAGAUGACUUAAGRAGCUUUGGUCUAAAURAACAAGAAGUAGAAAAUCUUCAAGGAAGUGGUAUCAUUCACUGUGGUCCAGGUUUUCGUAAAUCUCCAUUUGCUGAAUUGACUCUUGAAUAUUCCUUCACUCAUUUAACAGUACAAGAAUAUUUGGCUGCUGUUUUAUUGGUAAACCAAGGAAAGAUUCCCAAAAGAGAAGAAGUAACUGAAAUGGUUUUUUAUUUCAUGGUUCAGCUUUGGKCUAGAAAAAAAGAUGAAAACACUGAAAAGCUGAUGGAAGAGCUUUUAACGUCUUUCAAACCACAGGAUCAAUUCAGCAUCAGGAAUGUGCUAAUGACUUUACAAUUUCUUCAACAAUAUAAAGACAUUGARUUUACUAAACGUGUUGCACUGGAUCAUUUCAAAGGAUUUUGUACUGACCCUUUUAGAGAAGUGUCACCAUGGUUGAUGUCAUUCGACAGAGUAUCUAAUAGCUACUGUUCUGACAUGUCAUCUUUAUUGGACAUCUUUAGUUUAGUGAAUGAAGAUCAUCUAGAGAAAGCUUUAUCAUUUCCAGCCAUUGAGCUCUCUGUCAAUGAAACAUCUUUGAAAAUCUCAGGUGUAGAGCAAAUCUGUAACUCUCUGAGCAACAAAUAUUCUUCUGCAACUGGCUUGGUGCUAACUGAAUGUAAACUUAACAACAAUUGCAUCAAGAGGAUAAGUGAAGCCUUGCUUACAACAAAUCUAACUAAAUUGAAUCUAUGGGGCAAUGCGAUAAAUGGCAUUGGAAUGACUUGCAUUUGUCAAUCUCUGAAAGACAAGGAUUGCAAAAUUACCAAAUUGUACCUUGGUAAUAAUGAUGCUUCUGACUUUGGAGCUGAAAUUUUUUGUCUAACAAUCAAACAUGAAAACUGCAAGCUGUUAACACUAGACUUGCAUUUCAACAACAUGACUAACCGAGGAGUACACAACCUUUGUUUAGCAUUAAUGGACACCAAUUGCAAGCUGAAAGAAUUAAUCUUGCAUGACAAUGUCACAACAUAUGGCCCUGAUUAUGUUUGUCACAUGACAUUUGGUCUGGUAAAACAAGCAAAACCUGACGUUGAUUUGAAAUUAACAGAAUAUCCUUUUUCAACCUCCCUUGGCCUCCUAUUUUUAUAAACAAAUCAAGUUUUCUUCUUAUAUUCACCAUAAUCAAUAUAUGAAACACACAAUUCACAAAUUUCAAAUUGUUUUUAUUACUCUUUACUAGUAAAUGAAAUUUUGUAUUGAUUAUUUGACCAAUUUAAUCUCAUAGAGUAGCAAAGUGUUACGUAUUGUCGUCGGUUUAAUGUCAUCACUUGGSUACUCUAUUAAGGCCAAAGCAAUAAUGUGCAUAAUCUAUUAUGUUGUAAAGAUUUCUUUAUUGAUACAACAAUUGAAUGGACUACUUCAACAAUGUGGCAGCCAUCUUGGAUCGCAAGGCAUUAUCGGGCAUCCAGGGGCCAAAUAAAGCUUUCUUACAGUAUUGACAUUGAUUGAUAUUAGCAGCUCACCGAAAGAGGAAGAAAGUAGCAUGGGUGGCAUUGUGCUGCUAACGCGUAACCUCUCACCAAUGCGACCCAGGUUUGAGUACUGCCAGUCUUGGUGUCGUAUGUGAGUAGAGUUGUUUGUUGGUUCUCUCCUGUGCUUCAAGGGUUUUUCUCCUGGUUCUAGGGUUUUCCUCCCUCUGCAAAAAUACUACCCAAUUAAAAUUUGAUCUUUGGGCUUUCACCUAGCUCUGUUGUGAUUGUCCCACAAUUWGAUACAACAGCAAAAGCUUAAUAGAUUUUUAAGAGAAUACAAAAAAAUAUGAAUUAAGAUGACACAUCAAUCACCUUUGCCCAUAAAAGAAAGACAAAUACAGGAAACUAUAUAUAUUUUCCGUCAUCUUUGUUUUGUUAUGCCCCCCCUGACAAAGAUGGCCGCUGUGUAUCGUUGAAGUAGUCCAUUCUCAUGACUWCAUACAAAUUAUUGCAUGGAAUUUAUCUAUAUUGUCACCACGAUUUUCCCCACUUUAUUUUCUUUUAAUUUCUUCAAGGUUUUUGUUGCAUCAUCUAAUGAUAUUGUGUGAUGUAUCACUGGUCUGAAACAAAAAGAUUAAUUUAAAACAUUCAAUAAAACUUUAGUUUAGCAAAGCAUAAGUACAUAUAAAAAAGGGCUUGAAUCUAGCACUAGUCAACUUAAGAAGGUAACUUUUUUUUUGGCUAACGAAAUUUGUCAAAUAUCAUUCUUACGUUAACUUACAAAUUUCUCAUGCGCUGAUUGGUUAUUUUUAAUCAUCAAUAAGAUGACAGACAGAUAGGAUGACAGACAGAUAAGAUGACAGACAGAUAAGCUAACAUCAACAAGCAAGCCCUUUUCUUUGAUUUUUUGGAUCACUAAAAACGAGCAGUUUUUAUUGUUUUUGUUAUAAUUGUAAAAAACAAAUUGACAUCAGUUUUUUUGUCAUUGAGGUCUAUGAUGCCAUCGUGCAAAAGUCCUAUUGGAUGAUAAUUAGUAGGGAACUAGUGUAGACUGCGUCGGUGUUUCUGAAUAAAACCGUAGGAACUUACGGAUAAAUUGAAUCACCGUAAGAAGCUUUGUUAAACUGACAUUUCGGAGACCAAACUAACGUCUGAAACGUCAGUUUAACAAAGCUUCUUACGGGGAUUCAAUUUAUCCAUCAUGCGCUCUGUCCUGCAUAUCCAGUCCAGUACUUGCUUGAAAGUUUGCAUGCCAUCUUGAGCAGGGUAUGGAAUUCGGAUGAAGGUUAGGGGUUUAAUACAUGGAAGUUUGAGAAAAAAUGGAAAAUAAGUUUAAUUUAGGAAGCUUAAUACAUGCAAAUAAUCAGUGCCAGUAAGUAAGUUGCACCAUGUAACAAAGAAUAGUGCUUAAUUGAGGAACRAAUGGGGACUACACAUGACAGAUGCUGAAUCUCAGCAUUAAACARUCCGGUUGWGCAGCCUUGUGUGAGCACAACAAGUAAGUAGAGCCUGCAUGCUGGCAGUCUUGCUUUGUCCCUUACCUUACGAGUGAGUUAAUCAUUUUGUCCAUCAAGUCAUUGAGUAUGUUUGGGAAAGAAUUAAGGAUUUCAAAGAAAUAUGCAUGAUAUGUUAAAAAAUAAGAAAGAAAUAACUAAUAUAAAGAGAUGGAACAUUUGAUUGAAAUUAAUCGACAUUGCUGAAGUAUAUUAUUUUACGUUCAGCUGCGUCUCUGCUUCGUCCACAUGAGCGUGGUGUCGCUGAGCUUCACAGUUAAAUUUAUAUAAAGUUCAUUUUAAUCUU